CGCAAUCGCAGCUGCUACCAUCAAUCCCUCAGUACAUAGCGCUGCGACGCCCAUGCCCCACGACGCAUGCGUCGACGAAUAAAUGAGGGUGACGUGCAGGUUGAACUGAUUGAGGCAAAGAGCACUCAUCGCCGAUUUCUUCCGCGAGUGGCUGCAUAUGAAUUGAUACAAUUGGAUGACGGGCAAUUUCGAGUCCUCGAACGACCGCGCUCUGCUUCGGCCAUGAAUUCCAAAAAGUGUCCUCGACCACCCAUUCCAAGUCGCGCCGUGCGUGCAGUGCACAAACAGCGUGCCACAUCCGACAAACAGCCGUACUUAGAGUCCCUAGCAACCACCAGAUCAUCCAAGUCGUCGAAUUCCCCGGGCGUGUGGAGGGGUGGUGAUGACAAUUCCGGCGACAGCAAGCACGAUGACAAACUCUCCGUGCUGGAAGCUGCGUUGGUGGACAAGGUGAAGUGGCGGGAAGCGGCGGUACAGGAGAUGAUGGCCGCGAGCAAGACGUCAUCACGACAAUCCACCACACGUGUCCUGAAGUUGAUGCAGUGUGCGGCGGUGGUGCGCCAGCUGUCUGUGGACGUGGUCAACGCGCUCAAAGCGUGGCGCCACCACUCGAUGGACACCACAAAGGAGUUUCGAUGGCUAGGCCGCAACUACCUCGUCCAGAUGGCCAAUGACUUGGACUGGCUUGGAGACGAGGGGAUGCUCGCGCAUGCGUUGGGCAUUCCCACGUGCACAAACAACCCGUUGCUGUGCGCGAUCACGUUGACAGACCCCCACUGGCAGCGCUAUUGCGCCGCCCCCACGCCCGCCCGCCUGGCGCAGCUGCAAGCGACGUUGCACAUGUCCAACGAAGUGGAUGGGGACAUGCUUUUGACAAUUUUGGCCGUGAUUGCCAACGAACUCGACAGGCAUCCGCAUCCACUCGUUGUAGUUCUUCCUGUCGAAGGUGAAAUCGAUGUUCCCCUCAAUGAUGUCUCGAACGCCUCCUUGGCGCUCCCUCAUAACGAGGACAUCGACGACUGUGCUACCGCUGCCCGACGGCCCCUGAUUGUGUCUUGUUUUUACGCUUGGCUCCAACGCCACGACCUAUUCCAGCGGUACCAACGUGCGCGCCAGAAGCGAGAUACGGCACGGAUACAGCGCCUUUUUUUAGCGUGGCAUCGACAUGGCCUGGAAUGUGCACUGGCCCGACGUGUAAUCUGUCGACGUGCGUUUGCCACGUGGCAGUACCAGAUGCAGCGGUGGCGAACUGCGAAAUUGCUACGGCGCCAAGCGCGGCGCCGGUUGGCGAGGGCAGCGAUUCACAUGUGGCGAUCACAGACCGCAAAAUACCGAGCCGCUCGUCACAUUGCCGUGGCAUGGCUGCGACACUAUAGAAACUCCAGGCAGAAGAGGACGCGAAUGCAGAUGACGUCGACGGCUGCCGGCAACGGACAUGAGUUACAACUCAUGCGUGUGAAGCUCCAGACUGUUCAAGCUCGGUCUAUCCAGCGCCGAUGGCGAGAUAUGGUCGCUCAACAAAAGUGGGAACUCAAACUGCAAACGGUGCAAGCAGAAUCUGCACGCAUGAACCAACAGCUGCAGGCGCGGAUCAUUCAAAGCAAGUGGCGUGUAUUACGCGUCCAGCUUCAACAGCAACGCAACGUGCAUGCGGUCGCAGUGCAGCAGUGGUGGCGCCUUGCAAAAUCCAGCCAAGUCAGGCGAGGCCAGACACUAGCCUCAGCGAGAAUUCAAAUGUGGUGGCGGCAGCGAACCAAGGCACAGCGACGACGACGAUGCGUGACGGCUGCCAGAACAGUCCAAAGCUGGUGGCGAGCGCGUCGAGUUCGUCGGAUGCAGCUUCGCGUGGCCUCCACUGGGAUUCAAAUGCAGUGGCGGAAUUGCAUGCGACGAUGGCACUUCCGCUGCGUCUUUCGUCCCCUCACAACAGCGUGGCUCGUACAGGGCACCAUGCUGGCCAUCCAGCAGCGCCACCGGUGGCGAAGUCAAGCCAGUCGUCGACUUCAACGUUGUUGGGCAGCGUAUCGGCUACGCGUUCGAACCCACGCCCAAACAGUCCUUGCAAUGGUUUGGCGGCUUGUGACGUGGCGCCGCCAGCGUCGACGCGCAGUGUUGUCCAUUCAAAAAGCCUAUCGCACGUACGUGGAGUACCGGUGGUGGUUGUGGCAUUAUCGCAUGGCUACCCGCAUACAGCGCCUGGUACGGGCGUUUCUAAGGCGGCGACGCGCAGCCAAGACAUUGAUUGCAGCUGCCCGCAACUUUUUGAGCAAAAAGGUGUGGUCCACGGCUGUGGCUCUCGGCACAACCGCCGCGGACGAACCGUAUUACGCGCUGUGGAUAAGCCAAGGCGCGGCGUAUGUGAGCUGCAUCCAGAACCGCACACUAGCCUCGGCGAGAAUUCAAAUGUGGUGGCGGAAGCGAGCCAAGGCACAGCGACGACGACGAUGCGUGGCUGCUGCCAGAACAGUCCAAAGCUGGUGGCGAGCGCGUCGAGUGCGUCGGAUGCAGCUUCGGAUUGUAGCAUACGAGACAGUUUUACACGUCGUAUUUGCCUGUGACGCCAGACGCGUGGCCUCCACUGGGAUUCAAAUGCAGUGGCGGAAUUGCAUGCGACGAUGGCACUUCCGCUGCGUCUUUCGUCCCCUCACAACAGCGUGGCUCGUACAGGGCACCAUGCUGGCCAUCCAGCAGCGCCACCGGUGGCGAAGUCAAGCCAGUCGUCGACUUCAACGUUGUUGGGCAGCGUAUCGGCUACGCGUUCGAACCCACGCCCAAACAGUCCUUGCAAUGGUUUGGCGGCUUGUGACGUGGCGCCGCCAGCGUCGACGCGCAGUGUUGUCCAUUCAAAAAGCCUAUCGCACGUACGUGGAGUACCGGUGGUGGUUGUGGCAUUAUCGCAUGGCUACCCGCAUACAGCGCCUGGUACGGGCGUUUCUAAGGCGGCGACGCGCAGCCAAGACAUUGAUUGCAGCUGCCCGCAACUUUUUGAGCAAAAAGGUGUGGUCCACGGCUGUGGCUCUCGGCACAACUGCCGCGGACGAACCGUAUUACGCGCUGUGGCUAAGCCAAGGCGUGGCGUAUGUGAGCUGCAUCCAGCGACGCAAGCGCGGGUCCCUCCAACUGGACAAGGCGACGUGGAGGGUGCUCAACGCAUUACACAUGUUUCGCUCGUCCAAGGUCCGUACCAAGGACUGGGAGUUCGCCGCUCUCGAAGUGCUUGGGCAAGUGGAAGUGGUCGAGACAGAUACAACCAUCCAACUGACCAUGCCCCCCGAGUACGCUCUCGGAAAAGUGCUGCACCGGUCCGAGAGCCUCGCCCAAGUCAACAAGACAAAAACUACCAAACGAACGCUUACUGUCCUCGACGCGGCAGCUGGUCUGUCGAUUCCGGACCUCCUGGACAGCUUGAACGAUAACCGCGACGUCAACGAACGAGAUGCGGCGGGGCAAACGCCUUUGCACGUGGUUGUGGCUAUGCCACAUGAUGACAAACAGCAUGACGUGAUGGAUAUUCUCUUGGAACAUGGAGCCGACGUCCAUGCCAAGGAUUAUGACGGGGUGACGCCGUUGAUGAUCCUGGCUGGUCACGGCCAUCCCAUGUUGCUGGAUAAACUCAUGCAUGUUGCCCGACUCGACGCCGUCGACAACAAGGGCUACACGGCGUUGCAUCAUGCAUGUGCCAAGAACAACAGGCGGGCAUGCGAGUUGCUUAUCGAGACUGCGCGCGACCGCUGCGGGUCGUUGAACUGUGCGUCCUACGAUGGCACGUUCCCCCUGCAUGUACUCGCGAUCCUCGGUCACGUCGAAUGCGCCUGUGUGUUGCAACAAGAAAACACGUGGAACGUGAACGUUCGGGACGCCGAAGGGCGGUCGCCGCUGCACUUGGCGAUUGCGUACAAUCACUCGACAUUCGUCACGUUUUUGUUGGAGAUGGGGGCGGACCCAGACGUCCGAGACGUCCUCAGCCGAACGCCGUUGCAUUAUGCCAUGGAGUGCAAGUGCGGACUGGAAAUGGUGAGCUCGCUGAGAAAGUUCAAAGUCGAUUUGAACGCUGCCGAUGAGCGCGGGGACACUGCCCUUCACUGGGCAGCCCAUUCUGGCCAUCAAAAAUUGGUUAAUCACCUGGUAAAUUUGGGGGCCGACACUUUGCUACAAAAUUCAGAUUGGGAGACACCUGCCCAACUAGCAGCGGCAAACGGGUACGAAGGCUGCGUCGCCAUCUUUUCCCGGGCGUCGAAGAAGAAGCCUCAAUUCGUAGCGUCCCCUACAGCUGCCCCCGUCACUUCCUACGUGUCGAUGGAAUCUCACAGUGAACCUGCGGAUGCCACCAAGACUUGUGGAAAUGAUCUUAGCAGUGAGUUCGGUGCAGCUGCAAUGCCAGACGUUGAGGCAUCGCAAUGGGUUUACGACGAGUUUGGAGGGUGCUACGACACUGCAACGGGAACGUACUGGAGCCCAGAUGGCCUCGGCGGGUACUACGACGCGUCCCAACAAGUAGCAUACGCGGACAACAAUUCUAUCGAGUUCAGCUACGACAACGGCGAGUCUUAUGGUGACACCAACAACUACGACUACGGAGCAGCCGAAAACGAUUCGGCUCGUGCUGCAGAAAACGCCAAACCGUGGUCGGAUUACUAACGUAAAUGACCAAUUUAUGAUCACUU